AUGGCUCUGAAUAUAGCAGGUGUAGUAUCUUUGAGUGUGUUUUAUACAUUAACUUUAGCUACCGGAAUUUGGGCUUCUUGGAAAAGCAAAAAAGAUCAGAAGAACAGAAACCCCACUGAAAUGGCCAUAGUUGGAGGGAGGAAUAUGAAUGUUUUCAUUGGAUUGUUUACUGCAACUGCCACCUGGGUUGGAGGAGCAUAUAUCAACGGCACAGCUGAAAUUGUCUACCUGCCUUCAAAAGGACUAUUGUGGGUCCAGGCACCUGUGGGAUUUGCCUUGUCCCUUGUUAUUGGUGGUUUCUUCUUCGUAAAUCCGAUGAGAUCCAAGAAUUAUGUGACAGUGAUGGACCCCCUCCAAGAAAUAUAUGGGAACGUGAUGGGAAGCCUACUUUUCAUUCCACCACUGCUAGGAGAGGUGUUCUGGUUUGCAGCUAUCCUGGCUUCCCUAGGAGCAACGAUAAGGGUCAUCUUGGAUAUCGGAAGCUCUUUGGCUAUCAUCCUCUCAGCAUGCACUGUCAUACUCUACACUCUACUGGGAGGCCUCUACUCUGUUGCAUACACGGAUGUCAUCCAGCUGAUUUUCAUUAUCAUCAGCCUGUGGGUCUGUAUCCCCUUCGCCCUGACGAACUCUGCAACAGAAAGUAUUUAUUACACUGCAACUCAUAAAUCCUACCAAGCCCCUUGGAUCGGGAAAAUAGAAAAACAACAUAUUGGAAGAUGGCUGGAUGACUUCUUCUAUCUGGUGCUUGGGACCAUCCCGUGGCAAACGUACUUCCAAAGAGUCCUCUCCACUGCCUCACAGGGACAGGCAAGGCUCAUUUCUUAUCUCUCCGGAUUGGGGUGCUUCUUAAUGGCCAUCCCCUCUGUGCUCGUUGGGGCAGUUGCAGCAUCAACAGACUGGAACGAGACAAACUAUGGUCUUCCAAGUCCACUAGACAGAGGAGAAUCAGCCAUGAUACUGCCAUUUGUUUUACAUUAUCUCUGCCCAGCAUACGUCUCCAUUGUUGGUUUGGGAGCCAUCGCUGCUGCCGCAAUGUCUUCUGCAGACUCAGCACUUCUCUCUGCCAGCUCCAUGUUCGCUCACAAUAUCUACAGAAAAAUCCUGAGGAAAAAGGCUACUGAGAGAGAAGUCUUAUGGACCAUGAGGGCCUCCAUGCUGGUUUUUGGGACUGGAGCUGCUGGUCUGGCUUUUUACUCCUCUUCUGUCUACGACCUCUGGUUCGUCAGUGGGGAGCUGGUGUAUGCCCUGCUCUUCCCUCAGCUGUGCUGCACCCUGUUCGUUCCCAACACCAACACCUACGGCUCGGCUACUGGCUUCUUAGUUGGGCUUCUCCUGAGGCUGCUAGCAGGGGAGCCUGCCCUAAAAAUCCCGCCUAUUAUCCGGUACCCAGGCUGCUCCCUCGUGAAUGGGACCUACAUUCAGCUGUUCCCCUUUAAAACAUUCACUAUGCUUCUCAGUUUGGGGACGAUCAUUGCUGUUUCAUACCUGGCUGCAUUUUUGUUUAAGAGAAACCUCCUUCCCCGCAGAUGGGAUAUUUGCAACAUCAUCAAGGAAACCAGCACUCUCAUUCCCCUACAGCAGAUGGAGAAACAGAUGGGUUUGCAAAUGAUUGCACUAGAAGAGCAUCAUCAUUAA